AUGAAACACCAUGACAUCGUCCAUGUGCUAUCUUUAUUCUCGCUGAUAGUGAAUAUAUCACAAGCCUUUGUUUCGGUUCAUCCGAGACGGGAAGAGAGUGGUCAUCAUUUGUCGAGUAUAUUUGCAGCGUCGACGUCGACUGACGACAUUACUGCCUUGGACGUUGUUCUAUUUGGGAUUGGUGAUUUGCGUACCGACGAUCACCUUGGUUUGAUUCAAGCCACAGAAUCCUCCUCCUUCUCUAGAAUCCUACCUCUGGUAGUGUUGGAUGAAGAAAGCAUAUCGAAAGUUCCUGGCGUUGUUUCACAUACCUUUGAUACGGCAUCGAUGAUUGCAGAGACUGUAAACGAUCUGAAGGUCACUUUGGCAAGGAGCAAGCUUGAUCUCCAAGUUUCAGUCGGUGGACCUUCACUCUCGGAACAACUUAUAAAGAUUCUUGAAAACUUUCCAGCAGAAGCCGUCAUCCGACUUCAUGUCUGUGACGCUGGAGAUGCGGACAACGUCAUGGGAUAUGCACCAAUUUCGAAUCUGGAUGGUCUUCCAGAGAACGUUAUUGUCAAGCCCUGGUCUUGCCAUUUAUGGGUGCAGCCAUGGUCUAAUGUUGCGAGCGUAUCAAAGCGAUACCCUGACUUUGAGGACCAACGAAAGGAUCCCCCAAUGAAACCGGUCAGCUUCAAUGGUUCGACGGUCAAUGGAAGGGGAGUUAGUAUUGCGGAAUUAACUGGCAUUCCAACUGCUGAAGAUAUUUACAAACUACUACAGACAAAGCUUUCACUUGACGAUGAUCGCUGUGAAGCAGAACGAAACAGCGGAAUGUAUGCGACUCAUUGGGGAGGUUUGGAGAGCAGCACUGUAGUAGAAUCCAAGAUUCAAGAUACCAUCCAAACAUAUGUCGAGAAAUGUCAGGAAGACGAUGAAGUAUAUGCCAAGAUCCCAGUUCUCUGUACCCGAAAUCCACAAUCUCUGGAACAUGCAAGCAUGUGUUGGAAUAUGCGAGGUGGAGGUGAAUCCGAAGACCAGCCGGUACCCAACAAUAUGAUUGCAGGGGAGCGAAUGAACCGGCAACUCUUGGCACCACUUAUGUUGGGAACGGUAUCUCCCAGAAGGCUCUGGCAUUCCAUGAAAAAAGGUUCAAUCUUGUUCAAGAGUCCCGUCAAGACACUGGUGGAGACCAGGGAAUGGCACAAGCUUCUUGCAGCACGAAACAUUCAAACAGACUCACAAUAUCAGGAGGAAUCGAAUGAAAGCACGAAAUACAAAUACUGGAGGUGGCAUGGUUUAUUGUGUCGAUAUGCCGAGGCUGACUUGGCGAAAGGAGCUAACCCAGGAUCCGAGGGAGUUGUCCUGGUUCAUGGAUUCGGUGCUUCUGGAGCACAGCUGACCAAGACUAUCGAUUGCUUGUCCGAAAAAUUGUCUGGAUCGACCACCGUUGGAAAGUGCGUGGCACCCGAUAUUAUUGGAUUCGGGGAGUCGGAAAAGCCUCCCGUUACCUACACUGGGUACAUGUGGGAGUCCUUCUUGGGUGAUUUUAUCAAGGACGUGGCCACCACCAGAUGUCAAAUGGAUUCCUUUGUCAUUGGAGGCAACAGUAUUGGUGGAUUUAUCAGCAUGUGCGCUGCCGCCAAUGACGCCUCUAUCGACCCUACAGCAAUCUCGGGAGGAGGAUCCCCUGGAACUGGAAAGUGUAAUGGAGUCAUCCUAAUGAAUCCUGCUGGUGUUAUUCAAGCCAAGGAAGAUGUCGUGGCCAUGGAGCAAGCAAGUAACGGUAUCCCACUUCAAUCUGUGGCUCAAGUUACAGCAACGGAUGGAUUGCCACCCUGCAAACCCCUUCCCCGACCAGUCGCCCGAGCCUUUGGCACUGGCCUCUUGGCGUACUUGCGACCCCAAAUUCGCGAAAUUUGCAUCAAGCUGUAUCCCACCAACCCCGGUGCGGUGGAUAUAUUCCUGUGCGAAAACAUUUUACGAGAUUCUCUCGAUCCUGGAGCCAUUAACGUUAUGAUUUCCGGCUCUAAACUUCCCACUCCCCGCACCUACAAUGAAGUAAUUGCAGCGGACUUUGGUCAAGCGUCGGACACUGAAACUUUGAAAGAGUCCACCUUCAUUGGUCCCAUUCUUGUAGCACAAGGUAUCUUGGAUCCACUGAACGAUGCCAAGGGCCGUGCCGAAGCCUUGAAAAAACUCCGUAGUGGGAUCACCGUCGAUCCAUUGCAAGCCGGUCACUGUCCUCACGAUGAGGUCCCUGACCAGGUGGCCAAUUCAAUUGCAACAUGGUUGGAAGCCACUCGGGAGGAACGCACCGCAAUGCUUCAAAACGCUAAAGACCAAGCAGACAAAGCGACGACUCCAGAGGAAGACACCGCAGUGGUUCCAAAAGCUAAAGACGAAGCAGUCGAAGCCACUCGGGAGGAAAAAAUCCCACUGGUUCAAGAAGCUGAAUACCAAGCAGUCAAGAACGUCUUGGAACGUAUCGCAAUGCCUCCAAAAACUGAAGACCAACCAGUCCAAAUCACUCGUGAGGAACCGAUUGCAAUGCCUCAAAAAUCUGUUGACCCUACAGUCAAAGUGACGACUCAGGAGGUAGAAACCCCAGCGGUUGAAAAAGCUGAAUACCAAGCAGCCAAGAGCUCAAUUGAGUACGAGAUAUAA